CCCAGCUUGUGCAAGUGCAAUUGUUCUGGUGAAAUAUUUAGAAAAAUAUUCACUUGAAAUAAUUUUUUGUACAAAAUGCAAUUGACGUUAAUAAAUUUUUUCAAGAAAACGGUGCCUGGUCACAUUUUCCGUGGGAAACGGCGUCUAAUAAAACCCGUGAGUAAACGCGCAAUGGAAACGCUACGACGUGAUUACGAAAGACAGGAGCAAAAUAUGUUAUGGCUGCGGCAUCCAUAUUUGAGUGUAGAGGAAUCAUCAGGCCAUACAAAAGAGUUGGGUAAGGCGGCAGCAAAGAUUGCAAUGUGGAAUGAUCGGCAUACACUGGGCACAAUGAAACCGCACAUAACCAUAGAGGAGCGUCUAGCGCAUUUAAAAGUAAAAGAGGCUUGGGAUUAAAUAAUAAGAGGCUUUUGUUCAUAUAAAUAUUACAUUAAUAAAUAAAAUGUUGAAAACAUCAAAA